AUGCAAGGCAAGGCAGCUAUGAAGGAUGCAUCUGUGCAAGCUUCAGUGGCUACUCAACAAGCAGCUACACACAUCCAAGGUUCUUUGCUUGGUCGAACGGCAGUCGGCACGCAGGCCAAGGAGGCCUAUGCUGUGAUGGCCUGUGCGGUGCAAACGGAAAGCUGGGUGCCUUCCUUUCCCGUGCUUCCUACCCCCUCACUGCUUUCACCAGCUUCCCCCCUUGAAGACGACCUUGAUCGCGGCCAAGAAAAGGAUGAAGACUGGACCCCACUCAGCGAGCAGUCGGAAGACGACACGUGUUCAGGGGAUGAAACCGUAGAAUCCGGGUUGCCCCUGCAGGAUGAGAAGAAAUAUGUUGUCUUCGAAAGCUGCCUGCUGGAACUGUUUACCAUCUGCCGGACUUGCCUUAUGAAGUGCGAGCCCAGCCUAACCGUGAAAGGCACCCUGGUGAAGGUGGAGACCAUCUGCAAAGACUCGCACUACCAUACCUGGAGCAGUCAGCCAGUCAUCAAGGGCAAGGCUGCUGGGAGCUUGCUACUGUCUUCAGCAAUCUUCUUUUCUGGAGCUAGCCCAACAGCCACAUUACGUGUGCUGCAGCUAAUGAACGUCCAAGUCAUGACGCUGAGGAUGUACUUUAACUAUCAGUCGGCAUUUCUCAUCCCCACUGUAGAGAAUGUGAGAAUUAAAACAAACUACUGUUAA